CAUGAGGCCACCAUAUGAUCAAAUAAUAUAUAUAUGUUUCUGGAGGAGUGUUCAGCAUGUGGAUGAAAUCCUGGUGUGUGACCAUUCAAAUGUAAGCAAUUGAACAUGCAGUACUUCAAUCAAUGAUGUUGUUUAUCAUUGAUAACUUUUAUAAGGUGAUUUAUCAGUGACAAAUGUGUAAGUGUUUAAGUUAACCCUAGACAGUGUAAAAUCUUUGUACCCGUAAGUGGCAAUUUUACAAAAUCCAUCUUCUUCAUAAGACAGUGAAUGUUUGAAAAUAAUCCUGAUAAACUUUAUUAGGUGUCAAGUGGAAACAAGGAAUGUGGUCUAAGGAAGAAAAUGACCAAUUGAAAGAAAAUAUACUUGAAUACUGUAAGGCCAACAACAUCCCUGAUCCAAAUAUAAUCAUAUUUGAAAUGACUAAAGAUGAUCGUAAAGACUUCUACAGAACAAUAGCCAAAGGAAUCAGACGUCCUCUGUUCGCCAUCUACCGCCGAGUGCUUCGCAUGUAUGACAGAAGGAAUUAUGUGGGAAAGUACUCUGCAGAAGAAGUGGAACAGUUAAAAUCCUUGAAAGAGAAACAUGGAAAUGACUGGGCCACAAUUGGUGCCGCCAUGGGGCGAAGUGCUUCAUCUGUGAAGGACAGAUUCAGACUUAUGCGAGAUCACUGCCAUUCAGGCAAGUGGACUGCAGAGGAGGAGCAAAGACUGUCCAGUGCAGUACAUGAGCUUAGCAGUGCAGCUUCUGGGGAUUUCAUUGCAGCAGGAAUAUCAUGGGCCGCUGUGGCCCAGAGGGUCGGCACAAGAUCAGAGAAACAGUGCCGCUCGAAAUGGUUGAAUUAUUUAAAUUGGAAGGAAAAAGGUGGGCAGGAAUGGACAAAGCAGGAUGAAAUUCAGCUUAUUACCAGGUAAGAGUUAGGUACAAUGUAACAGUAAAAAAUACACCACUUAUUCCACUGCAAGGGGUUAAAUUUCACUUUUAUUCAGACACAUGGCAACAUGUGGAUAAGUGUGAAGGACAGUGGCCAAA